AGGCAAAGAAGCCAAAGAGCAUCCAUCAAUCCAUCCAUUGAUAGGACCAAGAGGAACAUGCAUCUGUCUUCCAUUCCUCCCUGUGGCUUCCUCCUCAUCUUAAACCUGCAGCUGUUCAGCACAUAUCCUAUCAGCACCGGCUUGACUGACACUGACAUGGACAUCUUAAAGGUGAUCUUUCAGAGACUAGAGGAGUCAGUUUCAGAGCACACUGAAGUGGACCAAAGAGUCCCUGCAGAGAGGGACAGCCUAAAAACAGAGGAUGCAGCUGAUGUACAGCAGCCCCUAACUGGACUGGAUGAGGUGGCAAUCAGGGAGUUUCUCUCAGCCAAGAACCUGAAGAGCGUCCGCAAUGACUCAUCCAGGAGAUCCUCCGGCUGCUUCGGUCGACGAAUGGACAGAAUAGGCUCCAUGAGUUCUCUUGGGUGUAACACUGUCGGCAAAUACAAUCCAAAGUAAAGAAGAUCUCUUACCAUCUAAGUUCUGGAACCGCAACAUCUCUACCAAAGGAUAUUUUUAUUUGAAUUCUAUUUAUUUACUAAUAUUUAUUGAAAAUUGUUUGUGGCUUACAAGUAUAUUUAUUUUAAAUCGAUGUAAGACUGUUCUUUAUGUACUGUAAGUUUCAAUAAAUUUUUACAACUGCACAUCACUGAACCAAGUGUUGCAUCACCAUGCAGGGCAAAAUAGUCAGUAACCACACACAAUGAAAAUAAAAAAAAUUAUAACAUGAAUGA